ACAUUUUUUUUUCUUUCAUCAGGUUUGACAGACACGUAGAGGCCUUCGGCCGCGGGCGUAUGGAGGAAGAGGUGGCAAGUCUCAGGGAACUGAGGGACAAGGUGUGGAGAGAGUGCGGCUUGGAGGAGAGCAGCACCCACACCUUCAACAAACGUCACGCCUUCGGGGACAAGGAGCGCUACCUGGUGGUGCAGUACAAGGUGCACAACAACGGCUCCUCCACCAUGCGGAGAUACUGCUACGACCUGAUCCGUCCCAGCACGGAGUACACUCAGAAGCUUCGCUGGAAACAGUACAGCCGAUAUCACCACAACGUCAACAACCCGUGGAACCUCACCUGGUCCUCAUACGACAAGAAGAAGAAGAAGAAGAGGCAGAAGGCGACGAGAAGGGCGUCUUUGAUCCCCGGGAUGAGGUACCACGUCAAGGCGAGAAGCGGCUCCAGCGGCAGGGACGCCGACCACCACAGCACUCUUCCCGCCAAGAACGGGACGAGAGGACAGGCACCGCACCCGGAGUCGCAGACUGCUGCAUAGCCACUGCUGUGUUUUAUUUAUAAUUGUUAACUAUUUUGGUGUAUGUAUUUAUCUGUCUUGUAUAAACACAGAACACGUACGUACAGGGACGGUACGUUAUCGUAACUAAACACGGAAGGGAAGGGAACUACCAGGAGAACUACCCAAGCCAUUACCAUUAUAUAGUACUGGGAAGAGAUAAGGAUUUGGGAUGGAACGGGGGAAUGGAAUGGUACUCAACCACUUGGACGGUUGGGAAUUGAACGCCGACCUGCAUGAAGCUAGAUCGUCGCUCUUACCGUCCAGUCCAAGUGGUUGGGUACAGGGACGAUACACGGCAUAGGUCGGGGUGACAAUGGCUAUAUAUCUUCACCACACACUAUCUUCAUCACUGUAACCAUGUCAUCACUAAAUAGUCUUCAUUUCUGUAACCAUCACCACUACCCAGCCACCUCUGAGUUUUCUACCAAGAAAUUUCCCUCACUUUACCUCAUCACCAGAUGCUUGUCCCUCCCCAGGCUGAUCUACUUUCUUAGAUGUUCACCAUCUUUAAAUAACAUUAAAUUAGGAGAGUACGACAGCCUGCUGAAAUCAAUGUUAGAAAAAGCCCUCAACCUUUCUCUCAGCGACUCACAGUGGAAACAGGCCUCCCUUCCUGUCAGACUUCGGGGGCCUUGGCGUGCGCACAGCAAAACAAAUUGUUGUACCUGCGUUCCUGUCCUCUUCAGUGGCGUCUGACAACCUGGUGAAGGAAAUCCUACCUGAUUACCUAGGUCAACAGGCAGGGUGCAAGAUCCCAGUUUUAUAGACCUCCACCAUCAAAUGGGUCUCUCUUGCAGGACCAGCACUCCAAUCACCACCUUCUGAAGCUCGUAAGCAAUCCAGCUGAGAUCGCCCCAUUGUAGACCAAGUAGCUGCAACAACACCACUGACUCUGCCCGACUUAUA